UUGGUGUUUUGACGAAUGAUAUCCUUCAAUAAUGAAAAGGUAUCUGCGUCGGUCAGUGAUGAACAGACCGAGAGUGCUUCAUCUCAGAAAAGAGAGGAGAGACUACGAAAAUUCCGUGAACUGCAUUUCAGAAGGAAUGAAGCGCGCAAGCUCAAUCACAAGGAGGUUGUGGAGGAGGACAAAAGACUGAAGCUACCAACUAAUUGGGAGGCAAAGAAAGCCCGUCUGGAGUGGGAACUAAUGACUGAUGAAAAGAAAAAGGAGUGUGCGGCCAAAGGGGAGGACUAUGACCGGGUGAAACUGCUAGAGAUCAGUGCUGAGGAUGCUGAGCGGUGGGAGAGAAAGAAGAAGAAGAAGAACCCUGACCCAGGAUUCUCAGGUUACGCGGAGGCCCAGCUGCGACAGUACCAGCGCCUCACCAAACAGAUCAAACCAGACAUGGACGGCUACGAGAGGCAGCGAGAGCAGUGUGGCGAGGACUUCCACCCCACAUCCAACAGCCUGAUCCAUGGGACCCACGUCCCAUCCAAGGAGGGCAUCGACCGCAUGGUGGAGGAUGUGGAGAAACAGAUUGAGAAGCGGGCCAAAUACAGCCGGCGCAGGGCCUAUAACGAUGACGCAGACAUUGACUACAUCAAUGAGAGGAACGCCAAGUUCAACAAGAAGGCAGAGCGGUUCUAUGGCAAAUACACAGCCGAGAUCAAGCAGAAUCUGGAGAGAGGCACAGCAGUCUAACUGGACUGGUCAAUCUAAUGGGCGCUACCAUUUCCACUGCUUUGUUGUAACUGAAGGCCAUAAUUAGUUACUGUGGUUACAGGACCCAUUUCAGUUGGUCACAAUGCAUACGUAUCUGAGAUCUAAGUUUGUAUUUUGACGCUGACAUUUCUUUAGAGGCAUUUUAUAACAUAUUUUACUGUAUUGUUACUAUAACACUGUGAAUCAUGGAAUGGCUAGAGUACAACCUGAAUAAUCUUCUAAUGCUAUUUCUGCCUUUCUGUCAAUGUUUAUCGUGUGUAUGAACACGUGUUAAAAAAACGGACGUUUUUGUAAUAUAGCUGAUUUGUAAGUCUUACCCUCAGAUUGCUGCUUGCAGUAUGGGUUGGGGGGGGGGGUGGCUUGCCGUGAGAAUGAAACGCUAUCAUUCACCUUAAGGCUACACUGUGUUUAUUAGUUAUGCCAGCAGAAGAAUGUGCUAGUGUAGGUGCACGAGGGGAUAAACAAAUUAAACAAUUUCAGCGUUAUCACUCAUCUCUGUUAAGCCCCCAAGCAGAAUAUGAGCUAGGAGAGGCUUGUGACCUAAAAUGAGAUCAAAGACUGUCAACAGAUUCACAUGCUAUAUUCAGUUUCUCUCUUCUGUAUUAAUGCACACUAUGGGUUAUUCAAAAAUAUGAUGUGGGGGUCCUAUAAACACGAAUAGAAUUUGAUCCUCAUCCUUUGUCAUUUGAAUCAGACAUCUGUGUAAUGUUUCGUCAGACUUAAUGAAUGUGUUCUGGUAAUAAGAUGGGGAAGAGGUGUUUCAAAGGCUAGCGUGCCAGAAAAUAUUUACAAGUUGUUUAUGAUUUCUUGGUAGAUGAGGACGGAGUGUGGGGGCUUUAUACCCUGGUCAAAAAAUCCUGUAGGAUUUUGUGUCACCUGUAUCAGAAUCCUAUUGGAAUUGUAUUUGACUAAUUAUUUCCUAUUGGGAAUCAAAAGUAUUUUGAUUGAAUCCUAUAGAUUUUUGAUAAGUCUUCUAGGAUUUUGUCACCCCAAUCAGAAUGCUAUUAUAGCUUUUUUUUCUCAAAUGAACCCAUUAAGUAAUAAUUUGUCAUUGGUUCCAGUACAAUACAACAGCAUUAAUUACUACAUUUCCAUCGAUCAGUUCUGUCAUUUCUGUUUUAUUCACCUGUAAGAAAGCCUGUCCUUUUAAGAGUGACUGGUGACUGUCAUUUCUGAUUUAUUCACCUGUAAGAAAGCCUGUCCUUUUAAGAGUGACUGGUGACUGUCAUUUCUGUUUUAUUCACCUGUAAGAAAGCCUGUCCUUUUAAGAGUGACUGGUGACUGUCAUUUCUGUUUUAUUCACCUGUAAGAAAGCCUGUCCUUUUAAGAGUGACUGGUGACUGUCAUUUCUGUUUUAUUCACCUGUAAGAAAGCCUGUCCUUUUAAGAGUGA